CCAACUCGAAUAAAUAUUUUAAUAAAUAUAAAAGUCAUUCCUAGUUCCUAAACCGUCUUUUCUCUCUCGAGGGUGAUUUUCAGUAGCCCUCCUCUUUGCAAUUUUCCAGUUCUAUUGAUUGUUUUUGGGGUCACCGACAUUUGUCGGUGGCUCUCGUGCCCCCUUAUUUAAUUUCUUUUUGAUUCAUAAUUCCAGUAAAGUAUUUUGAGAGUGGUCGUGAGAGAAAUAUCAAAACAAAAACAUGUUUUGUUUGUGUUUUCACGCCCAUCGAAGUGCAGUUUCUGGAAACUAUAUCAGAUUUCUUCCAGCAUCUCUUGCUAAGACUUUGUCAAACGUUUUGUGUUAAUUUCCGGUGGUUAUAGUUAAUCUGUGAUGACUGUCCGAUGGUUGAAACAAAUCUGAUAUGGAAACAACGUCCACCAAAAAAACCGGAAUGGCAAGCUCGGCAGAGGGAGAAGACGAAAGAAUUGCGGUGGAUGCAGCGGGAGGAAGAAGAAGAGGAAGAGAGAAAGAUUGAAGAGUACCGUGAAAUCCGUUUGAGGUUGAAGGAAUUUCCUGAGGAAGACUUGAGGAAAGCUAGAAAGCUCGUCUCCAGCUUCAUCACUGCUGCUGAGGAAGUCGAAGAGAGAAUUGAAGAAGCUGCUGAGAAAGGAGAACUGGACGAGCUUGUUCUCAUGAUCAUAUGGAACCGCCUUGACCUCGCUCGCCGUGAUGACGAGAAGGACGCUAUAAGAAGUCUUGAUCUCUUGUAUAGAAGAGUCGAGGUAAUUGGGUUGAAAGUGAAUCCUUAUAUAUUUGGCUCAUUUCAGACAGAGAUCUUAAAACGGCAAGCAAGUCCUGCGAUGAAGCUGCUGAAUGAUCUUCUAAACAUGCAUGAUGGCUUUGGAGACGAUGCUUGGCUGAAAGACUGCAGAAAACGAAUGGCUGAGACAUUCCCACGGGAAGACCCCUUCAGCAUUCUAAUGCCACCCGGUUUCGACAUUGAUAUGCAUCAAGUACCGUUACGGUCACUCGUUGAGACAGACAACACCCUUCUGAGAGUAGACUUUGUAAGAGAAGUUGAUGCAUUGCUGCAUGAAGUGAGAUUAAUAGAGGAAGACGAGGAGGAAGCUGGUAAGAAAGGAGACCCUGAAGCGAUAGCACGUAAGUUGAAGCAGCAAGAGAAGAAGCGAACCAUCCGUCAAGUUGAAGCCCUUCUUGAUUUUGUUGGGUCCCUCCUAGAUGGAGAGAACUAAGUGGGCAUGAGACAUAAUAAUUCUCAUGACCCUUUUCACUGUAUACUCAUAAUAAUAGAGUUUAGAGAGAGAGACAAAAGAGAGAAAGAAGAGAGAAGGAAGAGAAAACUCGUCAGGCUAUUUCAAGACUGGUUUUAGAGGAUCAAACGGAACUUGACCGGGCUGAUAUUUUGUGGGAAGCUUCUUCAGUCAGUGUGUUAAAGGUUCACCGAAGGGAUUUGGAUUUCAACGGUUGGAUCAUCUGUUGUCUGGGUUUUAGUGAAGCUGGUCGUCACAGUUCUUCAGCGGGACAGUUUUGGGUGUUUGGUAAAUCCGACGGUGAGAUCUUCUCUUCUUGAGCUGAAAUUUGGCAGAGGUGUUGUUGACUUGUGUAUUUUGGAUUUGUACGGUGAGAUUAGUCUCUGGUUUCCGGAAUCCUUGUGAGCUGAGGUCGUUUGGAUGCUGUCGGUUUUGAAGCUUUGUGUUGCUUUCUUGUUGUUGUUGUUUGUGUUGGAGAUAGCUCUUUGAAGCUAGUGUCUCUGUUCUGUUCAGGCUGUUGAACAGGGAGGACGUGGUUGUACUCACAAACAUUUAUAUAGUGGAUUGUUGAGUGGACUAUGGUCCCGUGGUUUUUCCUUCUCACAUCGAGGAGGUUUUCCACGUAAAAAGUGAUUGUCUCAUUUAUGUUUCUGCUUAUACUAUAUUCUGCCA